GCACGAUGCUCGUGUCCGACGAUUUGUGCGCGCCGCUGUUCCUGUGCAUUUCACGGGGCUGCCUCCGCGAGCGAGAGCGGAGAAACGACUCCAACCUCGAAGAUAAUGAACAACAAAUUUGACGCUCUGAAAGAUGACGACAGUGGCGACCACGAGCAGGACAACAGCCCACCGAAAGACAGUGAAAAGGAAAAGAACGAGAAUGAGGAGAAGGACCAAAACACUACCAAGAGGAAGGCUGUGGUUCCUGGAGCAGGAGAACACCCUUUGCAGUAUAACUACACGUUCUGGUACUCUCGACGAACCCCAGGCAGGCCAGCCAGUACGCAGAGCUACGAACAGAACAUCAAACAGAUCGGCAGCUUUGCGUCGGUGGAGCAGUUCUGGCGUUUUUACAGUCACAUGAUCAGACCGGGCGAUCUGACUGGACACAGUGAUUUCCACCUGUUCAAGGAAGGAAUCAAACCCAUGUGGGAAGAUGAGGCUAAUAAGAGUGGGGGGAAGUGGAUCAUCCGUCUGCGUAAGGGUUUGGCGUCCCGCUGCUGGGAGAACCUGAUCCUGGCCAUGCUGGGGGAGCAGUUCAUGGUGGGGGAGGAGAUCUGUGGGGCAGUCGUCUCUGUGCGCUUCCAGGAGGAUAUCAUAUCCAUCUGGAACAAAACGGCCAGUGACCAGGCCACUACUGCCCGCAUCAGAGACACACUACGCCGAGUUCUCAACCUGCCCCCCAACACCAUCAUGGAGUAUAAGACACACACAGACAGUAUAAAGGCCUGGGAGGAUUUCCACGGUCUUGUGAACGCUAGCGGCGGCCGUUAGCUCUUUCAGCUAAAGUGCCCAUGGUUUAGUUUACUUUCGUGUGGAUGAAGAGGACAUUUCUAGAGGAGGAAAUUAAUUUAUCGAUUCUUACCAUUUUUUAAAACAAACACCACACUGCUGAUAAGACCAGGUUUCCCGGCGAAGACGUGUGGAUUCUUUUAAUUUAUCUGAUCAGGUGAAACACCCCUGCAAACUGAGAACAAAGAAAGACACAAAGGACUUUUUACAUCUGCCAGUGGCUAAGCAGCAGAACUUCAGUGGCUGUUCCAGAUGACUGCAGGUGCUGCCUUCAGCCAGCAGGGGGAGCCUGCAGGAAAGGAGCCUCAGAGACUGCAGCUGUCCUGGCUCAGAAGAAGGCUGAUUAACCAAACCAUGCAAUUCACGUGAACGGCUGCGUCACUGUAGAAACGUGACGGUGAACGAGUGCGUUAUCGUAGUCUUCAACACCCGUUAGCCACUUUAGGGAGAGAACACCUUUAUUGCUCAUCACAACAGGGUUACAUUUUACUAUAGUGCAGUAUUUGAACUAGUGUUACAAAGAAGAGGAAAACAUUUUAAUUUUGAAUUGCUCUAAGAAACGAAAGGAUAUAUUUGUAGGUUAUCUGAGGCGCUCUGAAUGAGAUCUGCUUCUGACCAUUUUCCAUGUUGAUUGUCCGGGAGGGUAGGGGACAGAAAACCCGACUUGGGUGCCUAUCGCGCUGUGCCUGGCUGGGAGAGCUCUCUGCUGUUGCCUAGGUUACCCAGGAGCGCUCCGCAUUCUGGGAUGCCACUGUGGGAGGAGCCUGAUGUAGUGUGGGCAUUCCCUCCCCAAAUGCAGGGGCUGGGGUUUAUCGGUUUGCAUCUCUUACGUACUGCCUGCAUAGGAGUGGUGCUGCUUGCAGUAUUGUUCUGACUGCGAUCGAAUGAUGAAAGCAAUAAAUGUUGAACACACAGCUGCUAA